AUGAAUGAUAAGAAUAAACCACGUGGAUGUGGAAAACUUACUACUUACGUAAAAGAACCAGUUUCGAAAGGUCGUACAAGAGAAAUAACAUUGAUGCGACGUUUCUGUGCUACAGAAGGUGCUGAACCCGAAGAAGUCAAAUGUGUUAAUCGUCAUUCAGAGGGCGGUUUCUCUGAAAUUUGUAUUUGUGGUAGUGAUAAUUGUAAUUCUGCACCCCAACUGUCAAUGAAAUCAACUCCUUUCACUUACUUUCUUCUAUUCACCUUUCCAUACAUAUACUACUUCAUAACUAAAUAGAGUAAUAUAUAUAUAUACAUAAACUAUAUCUUGUUGUUAGUAGUAUUAUAAGUAGUAUCUAUCUCAACAUACAUACAUACAUACACACUAUAUACAUUACUGAGAGAAUAUUUCAGUCAGGUUGAACAGUAUAACUGUGAAUAGAUGAAGAUGGCCAUGGGGAGCGAAUUUUUGAUCCCAUGAAUACAAAGAUCCCCAUAAACACACCCACACACACACACUAUUCAUAGAUUGCAACACAGCUGAUAGUAUGUAUCUUUUGCUCGUUACUCCACUUUUUCUCAUUCUCAAAUGAUUUGCGCAAAAGUUUAAAGUGACUGGAAAAUAUAAAAGAAACUUUUGUUCAAAUACACACUCUAUGUUGCUAUUGCUAUUAUUGUUAUUAUUAUUGAUUCUUGUGUUGUCUUUUCUAGUGCAUUUAUAUACCAUUUUAGUCUAAAUCUAUUACCUUCAUGUAUACUUACUUAUAUGUGUAUACCAUAUGUAACAUGUUAUCAAGUAAUAUCAGUAGUAUAUAUAU